AUGCUUAGCCCAGUUCUUGUCUCUUCCAGGUGGAUAAAAUUUGAAGAAAAGGUAGAGGAAGGAGGAGAACGAUGGAGCAAGCCCCAUGUGUCCACACUGUCCUUGCACAGCCUCUUUGAGCUCCGCACCUGCCUGCAGACAGGGACGGUGCUGCUGGAUCUGGACAGCAGCUCCCUACCGCAAAUCAUAGAUGAUGUCAUUGAGAAGCAGAUAGAGGAUGGGCUUCUGCGACCAGAGCUCCGGGAAAGGGUCAGCUACGUGCUCCUGAGGAAGCAUCGUCACCAGACCAAGAAGCCCAUUCACCUCUCCCUUGCAGACAUUGGGAAGUCGGUCUCCACAACACAUCGCAGCUCUGCCAGGAGACCCUGGGCAGGCCCGACUCUGCACCGCUCCACCGAGGACCUGAGGAUUCAGCAAAGCACCAGCUAUGGACAUCUGUGUCACGCCCAGAGUAGAAGCAUGAAUGAUAUCUCUCACACCCCAAACACGGACCAGCGGAAAAACAAAUUCAUGAAGAAGAUCCCCAAGGACUCGGAAGCCUCCAACGUGCUUGUGGGCGAGGUGGACUUCCUGGACCAACCAUUCAUUGCAUUUGUUCGCCUUGUCCAGUCUGCCAUGCUGGGAGGGGUGACAGAAGUGCCUGUCCCCACCAGAUUUCUGUUCAUUCUUCUGGGACCCUCCGGGAGAGCAAAGUCCUAUAAUGAAAUCGGCCGAGCCAUUGCAACCCUCAUGGUGGAUGAUCUCUUCAGCGAUGUGGCUUAUAAAGCCCGGAACCGGGAAGAUCUGAUUGCAGGAAUUGAUGAAUUUCUAGAUGAGGCCAUUGUCCUUCCCCCUGGAGAAUGGGAUCCGAACAUCAGAAUUGAGCCACCCAAGAAAGUGCCCUCGGCUGACAAGAGGAAAUCUGUGUUCUCUUUGGCAGAGCUGGGCCAGAUGAACGGCUCUGCGGGCGGAGGCGGUGCCUCGGCCGGAGGAGGCAGCGGUGGCGGAGGGGCUGGAGGUAGCGGGGCCGGCGGAGUGGGCAGUGGCGACGAGGCUGAGAUGCCAGCUAUGCAUGAAAUCGGAGAGGAGCUGAUCUGGACCGGAAGGUUCUUUGGGGGACUUCGCCUGGAUGUCAAGAGGAAGCUGCCCUGGUUCCCAAGUGACUUCUAUGACGGCUUCCACAUCCAGUCCGUCUCUGCUGUUCUGUUCAUCUACCUCGGCUGUAUCACCAAUGCGAUCACCUUUGGUGGGCUUCUGGGGGAUGCCACGGACAAUUACCAGGGAGUAAUGGAGAGCUUCCUGGGCACUGCCAUGGCUGGUGCCUUGUUCUGCCUCUUCUCGGGGCAGCCCCUCAUCAUCCUCAGCAGCACCGGGCCCAUCCUCAUCUUUGAGAAGCUCCUCUUUGACUUCAGCAAGGCCAAUGGCCUGGACUACAUGGAGUUCCGCCUCUGGAUCGGCCUGCACUCAGCCAUCCAGUGCCUUAUCCUGGUGGCCACAGAUGCCAGCUUUAUCAUCAAGUAUAUCACCCGAUUCACCGAGGAGGGUUUCUCUACCCUCAUCAGCUUCAUCUUCAUCUACGAUGCCAUCAAAAAGAUGAUCGGUGCCUUCAGUUACUAUCCCAUUAACACGGACUUCAAGCCCGACUCCAUCACCACCUACAAAUGCGAGUGUGUGGCUCCUGACCCAGUGAAUACAACCUCGGUCAAUGCCUCGGCCCCACCAACACCAAACACCAACACGUCUCUGUACACCCCCCUCAACCUCACAGCGCUGGACUGGUCCCUGCUGAGCAAGAAGGAGUGUCUGAGCUACGGUGGGCGCCUGCUUGGGAACUCCUGCCGGUUCACCCCAGACCUGGCACUCAUGUCCUUCAUCCUUUUCUUCGGGACUUACUCCGUGGCCUUGACUCUGAAGAAGUUCAAAUUCAGCCGCUAUUUUCCCACCAAGGUCCGGACCCUGGUGGCUGACUUUUCCAUUGUUUUCUCCAUCUUGCUGUUCUGUGGAAUCGACGCCUGUUUUGGCCUGCAAACCCCCAAGCUGCAUGUGCCUAAUGUCAUCAAGCCCACACGGCCUGAUCGAGGCUGGUUUGUUGCCCCCUUUGGGAAGAACCCUUGGUGGGUGUACCCUGCGAGCAUCCUGCCCGCCCUGCUGGUGACCAUCCUGAUCUUCAUGGACCAGCAGAUCACGGCUGUCAUUGUCAAUCGGAAGGAGAACAAGCUGAAGAAGGCUGCGGGCUACCAUCUGGACCUGUUCUGGGUGGGCAUCCUCAUGGCUCUGUGCUCUUUCACGGGGCUCCCCUGGUAUGUGGCUGCCACGGUCAUCUCCAUUGCUCACAUCGACAGCCUCAAGAUGGAGACAGAGACCAGUGCCCCAGGAGAGCAGCCGCAGUUCCUGGGAGUCAGGGAGCAGAGAGUGACCGGUGUCCUGGUCUUCAUCCUGACAGGCAUCUCCGUCUUCCUGGCUCCCAUCCUGAAGUACAUCCCCAUGCCAGUGCUCUAUGGCGUCUUCCUCUACAUGGGUGUGGCCUCCCUCAAUGGCAUCCAGUUCUGGGAACGCUGUAAGCUUUUCCUCAUGCCAGCCAAGCACCAGCCGGACCAUGCCUUCCUACGCCAUGUGCCCCUUCGCCGGAUCCACCUAUUCACCCUGGUGCAGAUCCUCUGCCUGGCACUACUCUGGAUCCUCAAGUCAACCAUGGCCGCCAUCAUCUUCCCAGUCAUGAUCCUGGGCCUUAUCAUUGUUCGAAGGCUCCUGGACUUGAUUUUCUCCCAGCACGACCUGGCCUGGAUUGACAACAUCCUCCCAGAGAAGGAGAAACAGGAGACAGACAAGAAGAAGAAGAGAAGGAAAGGGGUCUGUGAAAACCCUGAUGAGGAGCCCCAGUUCCUUCCUCCCUCAGUCAUAAAGAUCCCUAUGGAAAGUGCCCCAUCUGAUCCCCAAAACGGUACCCACUGCAUUGCCAGAAAAAGAUCUUCCAGUUGGAGUUACUCAUUCUGACUCCUCCUUCAGUGGCUCAGAACUGGAUCGAAGCAUCACCUUGCACUUCAAAAUCUCUUGUCCGGCUUCACCUGCUUUCAACUACUCUCGGAGUCCGGUCUUCAUGGUGCCGCAGGUGAAGAUAGAGAUGGAGUCUGACCUUGACUUCACAGACAAUGAGGACUGUGGGAGAGAGGUGAGCGGGGAGACCACCCUCUAGCACAGCACUGCUCUUCCCGGCUGAGGACAGGGUGAAGGCUGGCCCCGGCUUCAUCUAGAGUGUGUCAAGCGAGCCCUUCACUUGUUUCCUUAACCACUGACCAGCUAGACAGCUGGAGGCCUUUCCGUGACACCCAACAGGCACAAAGCUCUCCUCAUCCCUUUGCAGUUACUAAAACACCCCAAACAGAACCAUAUGGUCACCAGCAUAGAUAGAACCUUUCUUCUGAAACGAACAAAAAUGUUUUCCAAGGUUACAAGCACAGUGGGCCUGGCCCUAGAAGUGUGGCUGGGCCUUCCACACACUGCAAGGCCAGUUCCAAAGUUAUUAAAGGAAGAACCCGUGCAUGGGCGGAUUGUUUGUUUGACAUAGGUGCUCACUGUGAACCCUCAGCUGUCCUGGAACUCCCUCUGCAGACCAGGCUGGCCUC